CCAAACAAUAUACAGAGAACCGCGCCGCAAAGCUACAAAACUGAAAUCAAAAUUCUACCUUUCUCCUGGGUUAUUUGACUCUGAACAACGCGGCCCAGGAGCUACGCUUUUAGGCUGGCCUAAAUCUAUAUAUUAUUGUGGGCUCUUACAUCAACAGAACCACCACAGCUACAUUUUAAAAAUUCAAAAUUUUCAUAGUUUUCUCGAUCAUUUCAGGUACUUACUUUAUCUUAUAUAUUUAUGUCUGUGGUUCUAUUCUGGUUUCUUUUGAUCUAAUUAAUGCAAAUAUAAUUGUUAUUUCAGCCCGAACGUGGUUAAUGUCACUCCUUUUUUUGCCUGAAAACCUUUCGUUUAAAUGUCUUGCUUAGUGCCAAUUGUAGGAACCGCUGUCCUAGAGAUUUCCGCGGCUCAGACGGAAUGGGAAAACACAUUUCAUGAAGGUUUAGCUUGUGGGAAGCUCCGUAAUUUGCAUGUUUUUUGUCAUGUUGGUUUGUGAACGUAGCCCUGGUGGGUUAAUUAAUUUUGGAAUUAUUUACUUCUGCGCCAGAUGGCCCGUUUCACUGUGCCGAAUUUGAAAUGAAUGCGGCUUGGUUUGUAGUUAUUCCUUAUAAGUAAAAAGCCGAAACAAUCGCUUUUGUUGUGGAAACAUACAAACAUACAGUCGUCGUAAAGAAAGACGAAUGAACUUAUCGUGAAAGAAAACUUACAAGGAUUUGAAAACCGCAACGUCAAAACAUUAGGAAAAGCAAUUCUUAUUUCAAGUUGUGACUUUUCGAGCUUUUAUUUGCUAACUGUGGUUAUAAAAGACUCAAGGAUCGCCCACAAAAAACAUAAGCUGGUUUGCGCAAGAGUGAAUUGUACAUGACAAAGCCAUUUUAUAGCCGGUCGCGCGCUCCGAAAAGAAACUGUGUCAUUUUCGUUGUGGCAGGAGUUUUUGAUUAAUGGUUCGGCUUGGUUUGGAAAUAGACGAUCUCUACCCAAUGAAUUUAAAUCUUGUGUCUCAAAAAUACGACGUGAAGAGUUUAUGGCCAAAAUGUUUUAUGUAAAUAUACAAAUUUGAAGGCAGGUGCGUUGGAAAACAGUAUAUAAUUAAUUGAUUUUCUCGAAGCUUGUUGGCUAGUAUUUUGGGUCUUCGUAAUUUGUUGCUUGUGAUAAGACUUUUGAUGCCCUGAAUUCACACAGAGCGAACUGAGAAUUUACCAAACAGCUUUUCCGAAACGAUCCAGAAACAUAUCUAAGGUAUUAUUUGGUCAUUUUAGGUCAGAGCUACAUAAUGUUGACUCCAUCUAGAUUUUGCAUUUAAAUAAUUCAAUUACGUUUGGCAGAGAUCGUAUGCGAAGAAAAUGAAAUAUUCCGUGUGGGUGACUGUAGCAAUUCCGAGAACCCAAGAGUAAUUUCGGUCCCUCAGUUGUGUUAGCAGAAACGCGAUAAUGAAAAACGCAGUGACACAAGAGAUAAUCUGAAGAAUUUCGCCAAGGAUAUCUGCCUCAGCAAACGUAGUUUGAGAAAAAGUCUUCAUUUCCAAUAUUCUCGACACCAGAUGGACGGCUAACGCACCUCGGACAAUUGUCUGCCGAAGUUUCCUCGCAUCGCAGAUGGAUUUUACAUCGAAAAUCGGUGGCUUUUUUCGAAGCAUUAUUAACCCAGAGGGUGAAACUCAAAACACAGACAAAUCAUCAGAGGAAAAUAGGCAAGCUCCUGGCGAAGCAAGAACGGCGGAAGACGAAGGAGAUUAUGACGAGAGGGAUGCCGAGUAUUUAGACGAUGAUGAUGAGGAAAAUACUUCUGCGUUCUUCACAAGAAAUAGUUCCCUGCCGUUACCUUCUAAAUCAAAGCAAGACUCGAGCGCGGGCGCUUUGGCGUUGCAAGUCCCUAACAUAGGAGGAGGAAUUAGACGCAGGAACACACUGGCAACUGCCCCAAGUUACGGACUGAGCGGUUUAACUAAUGGAAGAUCUGCACCCAAUGUUGUUGCUCGCACCAAGCAGAACGUAGAAACCAGCAGCAUUGUGUCGGACGACGAGACGGUACGAGGAAGCGCAGCUCGAAGAGAAUUUGGAAGCCUUCCUGCGAGGAGUCGAAGUGAGACUCCACGGACAUUUGGCGGGACGCCAUCGAAGAGGAUUUCGAGCUCGAGUACUGUGUCUGAGUGGAAUAUGGACUCAAAUGUGCGCGGUGUGGGUCGGCUCCAUGUCGUUCUAGACUUCACAAUGCACACAGCCAAGCUCUCUGUAACUGUUACAAAAAUAGAAUUUCCACCGUAUCAUCAAAGAGAUACUUCUUUGUUAGAAGUCAGCGUCAUGCUGUUGCCGGGAAAACGGCAAAGUUUUCGAACAAAACCCAGGGAUUUUAACGAGCCCAUGGCAAUGUAUUUGUAUCCUAAAGACAAGAUUAAGGAUAUGUCGCUUAGAUUUCGCCUUUACGAGCAAGGCGCUAUGGGUUCCAAGCACUUAUUAGGCGAAGGAACUCUUCGGCUCCGAUCGGUGGAUCUAGAUUCAGAAAUGAUACCUGCUUCGGUGGAUUUGCAGCCACCGGGUUCGUAUGUUCCCGAAGCAGCUUCGGGAGCGAUCAUGUACGAAGGGGAACUGGCGAUCUCCGAAGAAGACAGACCCGAAAUUUUACUGUCUUUGGAAUACCGCCCUCUUACGGGAAAACUCCUUCUGGAAGUGAUCAAGACGAGAAACUUGGGAAUGUUAACUGAUUCGAAAGCACGUGAAACUUAUGUUGGUGUACGAGUCGUUAAAAGCACUGGUGAGCUUAUCAGCAAAAGUAAAACCACACCAAGAAGGCACAUGAUAGAUCCAGAGUACAACGAGAUGUUCCUGUUUCAUGUACCCGAGCAUGAACUAAACGCUGUCACUGUUUUGUUGACUGUGACGAGCAUAACAGCUCGUACACUGGCUUUAAAAAAACAUCGAGUUGGAAGAGUCUCACUCGGACAAAACUACAGCAGCGAGGAGGAAUUACGGCAUUGGUACGAAAUGACGCGAAGGAAAGAAAAAUCCAUUGUGGCAUGGCACAGAAUUAACGAGAUGUAGAAAACAAUAGACUAAAUCAAAACUAGCCAGAACAUUUUAUCUAAAACGUUUUACAAGAAAUAGAUUUCCAAAACAGGGCAAAACAUUUCAAAACAGACCCAGCUUGGUUCACAUUGUAAUGGAUUAGAUUUUUUGUUAUGUUUUCCAAAGUGUUGUUGACCUCGAUUCAUUGUAAGCGGAAUAGCUUAAGCAAUGUUAGUCGUCUUGGCUAAAUAAACCCGAGAUAAAGCAAUUUUGUACAAUUAUUUUUAAACCCCCAAAAGGGUGUAUUCCGGACACAAGGUGUUAAUACGUUUGUCCAUAGUAGUUAUUGAGUGUGUAUACAUAGAGUUGACAAAUUAAAACCAAACCACGCGUAAA